AUAAUUUGAGUCAGCCUGAGAAAAGAACAUUAUGGAAACACCCUUCACCACCCAGCAGACCUUCAUCGAUGAGUUUAACCCAGUAGAUUACUACAACACAUACUAUACUCCAGGAGAAGGAAAGCUUAAUGGACAAUGGACAGACUUUGCGUUACGAAAUCUUCAUGAAACCUUUUCUCCAGGCUGUGUAGAAGGAGACACAUUGAUUGAUUUUGGCUCUGGACCGACCAUCUACCAAGUGCUUACUGCUUGUGACGUCUUUAACAACAUAAUCCUCUCUGAUUUUCUUGAAAAAAGCCGAGCUGAACUUCAUAAAUGGCUGAGGAAGGAUCCUGAUGCUUUAGAUUGGACCCAUAUUAUCAAACAUGUGUGCGAGCUUGAAGGGAACAGGGAGAAUUGUGAGGAAAAAGCUGAGAAGCUACGCAGUAAGGUGAAACAAGUCCUGAAAUGUGAUGCAUUGAAAAGUAACCCUUAUGAUCCUCUUGUUCUGCCUCCGGCUGAUUGUCUCCUCACCUGCCUCUGCCUUGAAGUCCCUUGUGAGACCGUGGAAUCAUUUUGCAAUGUUCUGAAAAAUUUUAAAAACUUACUUAAACCUGGGGGACACCUAUUGGUUUUGAGUAUGCUAAAUGCCACCUUUUUCUAUGUUGGUAACAAACGGUUUACUUGCUUGUACUUAACAAAAAGUGACCUGGAGAUGGCUUUUAUAAAGGCUGGUUAUGAAAUAAAGAAAUUGGUAGUUACUCCUUGGACUGAUACGUCAAAGAUGGAUAUUUUUGACCAUGACAGUCAGUAUUUUAUCCAUGCCUGUAAACCAAAGUAAUGGGAAGCCGGUCAUAAAUCACAAAUUGAAUAAUCUAAAUAUUGUAGUUUGUUUGCAUUGCCUUUUCUUUACAAUCAUUCAUCUUUUUUUUUUUCCCACAGCUCAUCACUUUCUAUUCAUGCACUUAAUUUUUGUCAACAUAUAACUAAU